UCAUGCAAUGUCGUCGAGGCCAACGGCCUUUGCGGAGUACUCCCAGACCAUUUGUGCCUUCUUCUUGUCUUGGGCCUCGUCCGACAGGGUGUUCUCGAAGAGGUCGCCGCCCGACCCACCCGCCCCCACAGGCGUGUCGCUGCCCGGCACCAGCACCCCCACCAUCCUGGCGCCCCCAUUCCAGCUCCAGUAGAUGCCGCUCUUGGCGCACCGGGGGUCCGCAACGGUCUGGGCGAGGCGGUCGCCGGCUUCUGGCUCGCUGACGUAUCCGCCUGUGACGUACUUCAUGAAGACAGGGAAGAGCUUGCGGAACCACUGCCGUUUGUUGCGGAAGAGGUUGGUCUCUGCGAUGCAGCCGGGGUACAUGGAGGUGAAGGCGAUGUUGGUCGAGUUGUGCAGCCGCCGGUCCAGCUCCUGCAUCAGCAGCAUGUUGCACAGCUUGCUGUCCUUGUACGCCUUGGCGCCAUUGAAGUUGUGACCUGUGUGGGGCACAGGAAGACAACACACACGACACACACAACACACUCACGCACCCGCCCUCCUCCCUCUCUCUCCGUGUGUGAGAUGAGAUGAGAUGAGAUGAGAUAGAUGGUUCGGCCGGCUCACCGUCGAUCAUGGCAGUGCGCUGGCCCUUGAGCAUCCGCCUCCACCCCCUCAUGUCGCCAAGCUCCGCCCGCGGCCACACCAGCCCGCCGCCGAUGGUGUUGGUGUUGCCCGUGAUGGAGCCCACAAUCACGCAGCGGGGGUCCUUGCUCUUCUUGAGCUCCGGCAGCAGCAGGUUGAUGAGCAGAAAGUGGGACAGAUGGUUGACCUGCAGCGACAUCUCGUAGCCGUCCUUGGUGAACUCGGGCGCCUGCAGGUGGGGCAGGUACACGGCCGCAUUGCAGAUGAGCCGGUCGAGCGGCUGCGGGCCCAGCCACGCCUUCAGGUUCCUCGCGAACUUGCGGACGCUGUCGAACGAGGCGAGGUCCAUCUCGAGCACGGCGACGUCCUUGCCCUCCUCCAGCCCCUCCUCCUUGCAGAUGCGCUUGGUCUUCUCCUUGUCCCGCACAGCCAUGACCACGAAGUAGCCUCCCUGCUUGGCGAGAGACUUGGUCGUCGCCAACCCCAGGCCGCUGGAUGCGCCAGUGAUGACGACAAUCUUCUUGUUGAUGGCCCGCAGGCCGCCCAGCAGCGGCGGCAGAUCAGCCGUCAGCGGCUCCUUGUCCUUGGCAUCCUUGGUGUCAGAGGUUGGCCGCACGAGAGUGGUGGCCUGUAGAGCAGUCGAGGGGAGCGAGGCAGGCGGUGGUGAUCUCCGCAGAGAGACACGGCGGGAGGAUGAGAGUGACGGGAGGUGUGCCGGUGAGGGAGGGACGAAUGCAUGUGAGAGGGGGAGGGCCAGGGCGAGCACGGCGAGGGGCGACAUGAUGGACGGCGACAGAUCCAGGGGGAAUGGGAGAGAGGGACGGGGAUGCGGAGCAGCUGCAACGUUCCGGGGAGAGCGGUUUCCAAUGAGAGGU